AUUGAAUGUUCCAUCUUUGUUUUUUUGGAACAUGAACUUCCCAUCCAGAAAGUCCUCAGGUUCAUCAGAAUUAUCCAUGUUGUUUGUUUGUUUGGAUAGCAGCUGCCGUCUGACUGCAUUAGAAACUGCGACUAGUGCAGAUUGGGUGGAAUUAUGGGUAUAUUGAAUUAAAUGCGUUAAAAAAAAUAACGCAUUAAUCCUGUAAUUUAAUCAUAACGCGUUAUCGCGUUAUUUUUCACAGCUCUACUUAUUAGGUGUUUUUAUUCUAAUCCCAUGUCUCCAGUCUCUCCAAAGAACACCUCAGUGUCUGUCAGACCUGAUGUGAUAACAAAGGGUAGUUCAGUGAAUUUGACCUGCAGCAGUGAUGCCAACCCACCAGUGGAGAUCUACACCUGGUUUAAGGUGGGUGAGUCCACUCCAGUAGGAUCAGGACAGCAGUACAGCAUCACUAACAUCAGCUCUGAGGAUGGAGGACAGUACUACUGUGAGGCCAAGAAUGAACAUGGAGCAGACAACUCCUCGACUGUGUCCAUCACAGUUACUGAUCAUGGAGACCAUAGAGACCAUAGUCCUGUAGUGUAUGUGGUAACAGGAGUCUCAGUCUGUGGAGCUGCAGGUCUGUUCUGUGUGCUGGUCUGGAUUAGGUUCCACAAGACUUAUACAAGAGAGAGCAAGAAACCGCUGGAUCAGAAUAAUGUCCAGCCCAAGCGCUCCAGAGAGACUGCAGGAGGAGCAGAGGAUGAUGUUCAGUACUCCACCAUCCAGCCCCACGGCUCCAGAAAGACUGCAGGAGGAGCAGAGGAUGAUGUUCAGUACUCCACCAUCCAGCCCCACGGCUCCAGAAAGACUGCAGGAGGAGCAGAGGAUGAUGAGUACUCCACUAUCCAGCCCCACGGCUCCAGAGAGACUGCAAGAGCUCAGGGGGACGAUGUCCAGUACGCCAGCCUCCAGUUCAAAAAGGCCCGUGUUGCAUAUGGUUCUACUGGUCAACCAGAGGGGGAGAUGUCUGUGAUCUACAGCACUGUGGAAACCAGAACAUGAGGGGAACCCAUCUAACCCAGCCGGUGGUCAGGGGAAAGAGCAGAGCAACACAGUGUAUGCACCUUCUAGACAAGUUUGUAACUGAAAGUCAUUUUCCAUUUCCUUGCAAUACUGUCAUUUGGAGUACGCUUUUUCUAAAUAAACCCUCUCUGCCUAGCAAUUUUAUAACCAUGACAUUUAGGAAACAUAAAGGAGACCAGUUUAAAAAAAGUGUCCGUAUUGCCUUUUAAAGAUCUAUUGCAUUAAUGUUUCUACAGAGCUCAUGUAAUUUUGCCAAUAAUUGUUUUCCAGUAUUUGGUAAAUAAAAUUAAUUCAACUUUGCUUUUCUGUCUUGAUAUUCUUUUUUUUCAUUUUCCAUAUCCA